AAAACCUGCAGCACUGAAGAUGUGACUCCUUCCUGUGCAUGUUCAUGCUUAAUGAUAGCGCAAGCCUAUGGAAUAUUUGAGGUGAAAAUACACGUGUAAACCCUGGCGUUUACAGAAGAUGAAAGACAUCGACAUAGGAAAAGAGUACAUUAUACCCAGUCCUGGGUAUAGAAGUGUGACAGAGCGAGCGAACUCGGUGCAGCAUGAAGAGCAGGAAGGGUCAAAAUUUCAGCAUGCUAAACAUAAGAUUGAAUGCCAGGAUGCCUUGGAAGCAGCUGCUCGGGCAGAGGGCCUGCCACUGGACACCUCCGUGCAUUCCCAGCUGAGAAUGCUGGACGAAGAGCAUCACAAGGGCAAAUACCACCAUGGCCUGAAUGUGCUGAAACCCAUACGGACUACUUCCAAACACCAGCACCCUGUUGAUAAUGCUGGGCUUUUCUCCUGCAUGACCUUCUCCUGGCUCACUCCUUUGGCCCACAGAGCGUACAAGAAAGGGGAACUGUUUAUGGAUGAUGUAUGGUCUUUAUCAAGGCAUGAGUCUUCAGAUGUCAAUUGUAGAAGACUGGAGAGAUUGUGGCAGGAAGAACUUAAAGAAAGUGGGCCAGAUGAUGCUUCUCUCCGGAGGGUUGUGUGGAUUUUCUGCCGCACCAGGCUCAUCAUUUCCAUAGUGUGUCUGAUGAUCACGCAGCUCGCGGGUUUUAGUGGACCAGCGUUCGUUGUGAAACAUCUUUUGGAGUAUACCCAACAGAGUGAGUCCAACCUGCAGUACAGCUUGUUUUUAGUUUUUGGCAUCUUUAUGACGGAAAUAGUGCGAUCUUGGUCCCUUGCGCUAACCUGGGCUUUGAAUUACCGCACGGGGGUUAGACUGCGUGGAGCUAUCUUGACAAUGGCAUUUAAGAAAAUUCUUAAGCUGAAGAACAUCAAGGAGAAGUCUCUUGGAGAGCUCAUAAAUGUAUGUUCCAAUGAUGGUCAAAGGAUGUUUGAAGCUGCAGCAGUUGGCAGUUUGUUGGCUGGGGGCCCUAUUGUGGCCAUCUUAGGAAUGGUUUAUAAUGUGAUUAUUCUGGGUCCAACAGGCUUCUUGGGCUCUGCUGUCUUCAUCCUUUUCUACCCAGCAAUGAUGUUUGUAUCGCGCCUCACAGCUUAUUUCAGAAGAAAAUGUGUAUCGACAACAGAUGAGCGUGUGCAAAAGAUGAAUGAAGUUCUUAAUUACAUUAAGUUCAUUAAAAUGUAUGCCUGGGUCAAACCAUUUUCUCAGAAUGUUCAAAAAAUUCGUGAGGAAGAACGUAAAAUCUUAGAGCGUGCGGGCUACUUCCAGAGCAUCACUGUGGGUGUGGCUCCCAUAGUUGUAGUCAUUGCCAGCGUGGUGACCUUUUCUGUCCAUAUGAUCCUUGGCUACGAUCUUACAGCAGCUCAGGCAUUCACAGUGGUCACUGUCUUUAAUUCAAUGACUUUUGCUCUGAAAGUAACACCUUUCUCAGUGAAGUCUCUAUCUGAGGCAUCUGUUUCUGUUGACAGAUUUAAGAGUUUAUUUCUAAUGGAAGAGGUUCAUAUGAUAAAGAAAAAACCAGCCAAUCCUCACACCGCGAUAGAGGUGAAAAAUGCUACCUUGGCUUGGGACUUCUCCCACGCCAGCGUCCAGAGCUCACCAAAGUUGACCCCCAAAGUGAAAAAAGACAAGAAAGUCACCAAGGGCAAGAAAGAGAAAAUGAAGCUGCAGAAUGAGGGACAGCAAGCUGUGCUGGCAGAGCAGAAGGGCCAUCUUCUAGUGGACAAUGAUGACCAUCCUAGCCCCGAAGAGGAGAACAAAAUCAUCCACCUGGUUAACCUUCGGCUUCAGAGGACUCUCUACAACAUUGACUUGGAGAUAGAAAAGGGAAAACUUGUUGGAAUUUGUGGCAGUGUGGGGAGUGGAAAAACUUCACUUAUCUCAGCAAUUUUAGGACAGAUGACCCUGUUGGAGGGUAGCAUUGCAGUAAGUGGAACAUUUGCAUAUGUAGCCCAGCAGGCCUGGAUUCUCAAUGCUACACUUCGGGACAACAUUCUUUUUGGCAAGGAAUAUGAUGAAGAAAGAUACAACACGGUGUUGAAUGGUUGCUGUCUAAGGCCUGACCUAGCCAUCCUUCCAAAUGGGGACCUGACAGAGAUUGGUGAACGAGGGGCUAACCUGAGUGGAGGGCAGCGUCAGAGAAUCAGUCUGGCUCGAGCGCUGUACAGUGACAGGAGCAUUUACAUCCUUGAUGAUCCCCUUAGUGCCUUAGAUGCUCAUGUUGGAAAUCACAUUUUUAACAGUGCAAUAAGGAAGCACCUGAAGUCAAAGACUGUCCUUUUCAUCACUCAUCAGCUUCAGUAUCUCGUUGACUGUGAUGAAGUGAUCUUCAUGAAAGAAGGCUGCAUUACUGAGCGAGGAAGUCAUGAGGAACUGAUGAACUUAAAUGGGGACUAUGCAACUAUUUUUAAUAACCUGCAGCUGGGAGAAACACCACAUAUUGAGAUUAAUAUAAAGAAGAACACAAACAGUUCACUGAAAAGACCCCAGGAUAAAAGUACCAAAACAGGGUCUGUGAAGAAGGAGAAAGUUGUAAAGAAGGAAGAGGGCCAGUUGGUCCAGUUGGAAGAGAAAGGCAAAGGCUCUGUCCCCUGGUCUGUUUAUGGUAUCUACAUUCAGGCAGCUGGAGGCCCCUUUGCAUUCCUCAUCAUCAUGGCACUGUUUGUGCUGAAUGUGGGCAGUACAGCUUUUAGCAACUGGUGGCUGAGUUUCUGGAUCAAGCAAGGCAGUGGAAACACCACUGUGACUUUGGGAAAUGAUACUGUCAUAAGCAACAGUAUGAAAGAUAACCCUCACAUGCAUUACUAUGCUGGCAUCUAUGCACUGUCUAUGGCAGUUAUGUUGAUCCUGAAAGCUGUUCGUGGCGUUGUCUUUGUAAAGGGAACUCUCAGAGCAUCCUCGAGGCUCCAUGAUGAACUCUUCCGACGGAUUCUUCGUAGCCCCAUGAAGUUCUUUGACACUACACCCACUGGGCGGAUUCUCAACAGGUUUUCCAAAGACAUGGAUGAAGUUGAUGUUCGUUUGCCAUUUCAAGCAGAAAUGUUCAUCCAGAAUGUCAUCCUUGUGUUCUUCUGUGUGGGAGUGAUUUCUGGGGUUUUCCCCUGGUUCCUGGUGGCAGUGGGGCCCCUCAUUGUCCUGUUCACCGUUCUGCAUGUUGUGUCUAGAGUCUUUAUUCGAGAGCUCAAGCGUCUGGACAACAUCACACAGUCUCCAUUCCUGUCUCACAUUACGUCUAGCAUACAGGGUCUUUCCACAAUCCAUGCCUACCACAAGGGACAGGAAUUUCUGCACAGGUAUCAGGAGCUCCUAGAUGACAAUCAGGCACCGUUUUACCUGUUCAGCUGUGCAAUGCGCUGGCUAGCUGUACGGCUGGACGUUAUCAGCAUUGCUCUUAUCACAACCACUGGCCUUAUGAUUGUCUUAAUGCAUGGCCAGAUUCCUCCUGCAUAUGCUGGGCUGGCUAUCUCAUAUGCUGUGCAAUUAACAGGGUUAUUCCAGUUUACAGUCAGACUUGCUUCAGAGACAGAAGCUCGCUUCACCUCAGUGGAGAGGAUUGAUCACUAUAUCAAGACACUUUCCCUGGAAGCUCCUGCUCGAAUUAAGAAUAAAACUCCUCCUCUGGACUGGCCACAGGAAGGUGAAGUUGUUUUUGAAAAUGCAGAGAUGCGGUACCGAGAGAACCUUCCUCUAGUACUUAAAAAAGUGUCCUUUAUUAUCAAACCGAAGGAAAAGAUUGGCAUUGUGGGAAGGACAGGCUCAGGGAAGUCUUCCCUUGGAAUGGCACUCUUUCGUCUGGUUGAACUGUCUGGAGGCUGCAUUAAAAUUGAUGGCGUGAAAAUAAAUGACAUUGGUUUGGCAGAUCUUCGCAGCAAACUCUCAAUAAUUCCUCAGGAACCUGUGCUAUUCAGUGGCACUGUGAGAUCAAACUUGGAUCCUUUCAAUCAGUACAGCGAGGAACAAAUCUGGGAUGCUUUGGAAAGGACUCACAUGAAGGAGUGUGUUGCCCAGCUGCCUAUGAAACUUGACUCAGAAGUGAUGGAAAAUGGGGAAAACUUUUCAGUUGGAGAGAGACAGUUACUGUGCAUAGCUAGAGCUCUACUGCGUCGUUGUAAGAUUUUGAUACUGGAUGAAGCAACAGCUGCUAUGGACACAGAGACAGACUUACUGAUUCAGGAGACUAUCAGAGAGGCAUUUGCAGACUGCACUAUGUUAACGAUUGCUCAUCGCCUGCAUACGGUACUAGGCUCUGAUCGGAUCAUGGUGCUAACACAAGGACAGGUAGUGGAAUUCGACACGCCGUCUGCCCUUCUGGCCAAUGAGAACUCGCGCUUCUAUGCUAUGUUUGCUGCUGCGGAGAACAAGGCUGGGAGUUCCUUCCACUUUCCCGAUGCCAGCACUGGCUCUUGCCUGGUCCAGCAGUGACCCAGUUCAGAAAGCUAACUUGCAGAAAGUUCACGCUCCAAAAGCAGGAAUGCUGUACAAAGAAGGAGACAGGAAGGCACACCUGGAAGGGAGGUGAAGUGGGGCUGCUUUUUUCAGUAGGUGCUAACUGUAACACUAGCAUAGGUAUGAGACGAAACUGCACUCAGGAUUCAUUGCACCAAACUGCUGCUUUCCAGUUACGCGCUCCUAAAAAGGUGAAUACUUUCCUGCUGCUUCAGUGAGCUGAAAUAGCUCAACAAGGUGUCAAACAAGGGCCUGCGAUGGAGCAGGCAGGCAGUCACCUGCAGACAGCAGGGAUUAGCUCAACCGUUUCGUUAAACCUUAGCUCCAGCAUUGUUACUUUGGAAUUAAGGAGAUAGGCUGCCAGAGGGAAAUGUUCUUUCCGCUGUAAUCACUUAUCUGCUUCAUUUGGCACUUGUCUCUCAGACAGUACAGAAGCAUUGCUUCUCGCAUGGGUAGCAGUAAUUUUUUUUUUUAUUGGCUUUUGUCCUGAACCACAUGAGCACGCUGAGCCCUGGCCCAGGGCCCUGUCACUGAAGUGGAAGGAAGAAACAUCAAUAUUUACAAAUGAGACUGAAAUAUCUUUAUCUUUGAAGCAUUCUACAAGAGGUUGAUGAUGAUGAUGGGACUUUCAGGAAUUGUAUCCUGCAUUAUGAUUUAUAGUGCCAUAUCCCAGAGACGACUUCAUCCUGCGAGGAGUAGACUAAGGCUGUGGCAUUAGGACAGAGGCUUUCCUUAAAGACCCAAAAAUACCCAAAAUAGCAUGGAGAUAACAUAUCCUUCUUAGUAUAUAGCAAAGGCUAUGGCCCAAGACCAACAGCUGUGCGACUUGAGAGAGAUUUGCCUGGGAUAAUUUGGUAUUACCCUUUGGGAAUUUCAGUUGCAUCGGUUUUACUUACUCUGUCCAAAUGCAGUGAGUGCAGCCGAUCCCAAUUCGUUAUCAUCAGCCUAGAGAUUCUUAGAGAGAAUGUGUUCCUGCUCAUCUCAUCUAUCCGAUGAGUGGAAACGUUGCACUCGCUUGGGACUGCAAUCAAAAUGCAGGUAGGAUUCUUCUAAAAUUACCCAAUGGAGUUAACGUGCAGUUAGAUUGGUGUAAUUAAGUCCAAAGUCAGGCCCCAAAGUUAUGCUAGCUUGAACACCUGAGGAGACUUCACCGUUACCUGUGGUGAAGAUCACACAGGGUCAGAUCCCGAGGGGCUGGGGCUGCGGGCUGCAUAUCAUCCCUAGAUGAAAGCCAGAGGGAGAUCAAGCAGUCUUAGUACAUCGCUGGGAACAAAGCUUGAGAAAGCACAAUUAUUUCAAAAGGCAAAUGGUGCGAGUGAGAAAAGGUGUCGGAAGGAAAGGAUAAAUGCAGAAAAUUUGAUUUAUAAAAGGAGGAUGCGGAGAGAAAAGGUGGUAGGACAAAAAGUUUCUCUUAGUUAGAAGGGGAUUGGGCGAAGACAAAAUUGCUUCUUGAAGGUGCUUCAAAAGAACAUACUGUGAGAAGAUGCAGGGCGGCUGUAACGCCCUCAUCAACCAAAGAGCUUUUCUGAAUGCUGCCUUGUUAUUUUUUACUGCAACUGCAGCGUGUGUUUUACUAUAUAUAAGCAAUCACACAAAGGUUUUCUUUAUAGUCCCAGCUUCAGGUCGGUCUAGGAUAAUACUGUAAUUCGUUUUACCCUUGGUUCAGCUGGAGACAGCAGCCAAAUUGUGCUGGGGCCACAGCUUCUGCCUCGAGUGUGACGAUACAGUGGCAACUCAAUUGGGAAACGGUGCAGAUGCCGCUGUCGCUAGCGUAAGGCUUGGGAGGCUUUUAGAAUGUACCACUCUGGGUUCCUUAAACCCACAACCGUGUAAUAAAUGUUCCCGUGCCAUCCAAGAGACGUGCCUUGGAGACUCAUCCAUCAGGCGGCUGAGGUAGGCAAAGCGUAACAGUGAGAAUAACUUACAGAAGUGUCACUACACUAUGUGGGGCAGAGAGAUUUCCCGUACGCUGCUCUCGGGCUCUGUGGAGUUCACAUCGCAGUUACUUCCAGCACAGCUCCUUCCUUCCAGCUUACUGUCUCCUACCGC